AUGCCUCUCUCUAAACAAAACAGCACCGGCGGAGCGUCUCCACCCGGCGGAGACGAGCCGCCGCGGUUCAGCGAGGACGUCGAUAGCUCCUGCUCCACGCCCUUCGUCAGCGCACCGUCCAGCCCCGGCCAUGGCCCCUCCGGCUACUUCUUCAGCGCCCCGGCGAGCCCAAUGCACUACCUCCUCUCCGGCGAGAAGUUCGAUGCGCCGUCGCCGCGCGUGUACGAGCCGGUCUUCCUGUCCUCCGACUCCGGUUCGUUCGAGUUCGAGUUCUCCUCACGGUUCUCGCCCGCCGGGUCGGGCGGGAACAACGGGUCGAUGACCUCCGCCGACGAGCUGUUCUGCAACGGCCAGAUCCGGCCGAUGAAGCUCUCGUCCCACCUGCAGAGGCCGCAGGAGAACGUCGCGCCGUUCCUGGAUCUGUGCGGCGGAGACGCCGCUAGCGGCAGGGGCAGAGAUCUGAGGGCUCGCAGCGCGAAAUACUCGCACAGGAAGGCAAGAUCCAUGUCGCCACUGCGCGCCACGGCGGAGUACGAGUGGCAGGGGCUGAGAUCCGCCGUCGCCGCCGUGGAGGAAGAGAUCAGUCAGGCGAAGGAGAACGAGUCGAGCGAAACAACGCCGUCGUGCUCGGCGUCGUCCUCCCGAUCGUCGUCGUCGGGGAGGAACUCGAGGAAGUGGAUUUUCCUGAAGGAUCUGCUGCACAGGAGCAAAAGCGAGGGGAGAGCGAACAGCAACAGGGAGAGGUUCUGGUCGGCGAUCUCGUUUUCUCCGGCGAAGGAGAGGAAGAAGUCCUCGCUGUCUUCUUCUCCGUCGCCAUCGCCGGGGCUAUCUCCAUCGUCGUCUCGCGACGAAAAAAAAGGCGGUGGCGAGGCGACGAAAGCGCGGGAAGCUCCCGCGGCGGCUGGGAAGCCGGUGAAGGGUGUCUGGAGAAGGCGUGUGCCGCCGUCGGCGCACGAACUGCACUACACUGCGAACAGGGCACAGGCGGAGGAGAUGAAGAAAAAGACUUUUCUGCCCUACAGGCAAGGGCUGUUGGGCUGCCUAGGGUUCAGUUCCAAGAGCUAUGGCGCUUUCAGUGGGUUCACUAGGAAUCUGAACCCCAUCUCGUCCAGGUGA